UUUUUAUGACCAACAAGUUUUAUAUAACGUGGGAGUCAGUGCAAGAAUAGUGCUACUUCUUUUUUCUCUUUUAUGUUUUCUCAAGAGUUAUGGCUUAUGAAAUGCAUGAUUUGAUCUAAUCUUUCCAAGUGAUCCUAUAGACGCUUGACCAUUUCUACUGCCUUAUUUUUCUCAAUAUGAUUUAACAGAAUAAAAAACCCAAGUCCUUCCCUACUUUCUAGUUUCUUCUUUUUUGUUCUGUCUGUCUGUCUAUUUUCAUGGAGAAUUAUACAUGGAAUCCACAGAUUCAUUGGUGAUAAAGGCUCCUAAGAAAUCUCCAUUAGUUUUGAGAUUGGUGGUGUUAGCCUUUGCUAUGAUCUGCGGAGUUUACAUUUGUUCCAUAUGUUUAAAGCAAAUAGGGCCACACACAACAGCCAAAAUCUUAAACUUCGAGAUAUUCGAUCAGCAAUGCAAUAAAUCAGACAUAGAGCCAUGGGAACUUCCUUAUGUGCAUUACCCAAAACCCAAUACAUUUAGCAGGGAAGAAUGUGCUUGCAAUCCUGUAAGAUACUUUGCCAUAUUGACGAUGCAGAGAUCCGGAAGUGGAUGGUUCGAGACAUUGUUGAACAGUCACAUGAAUGUUAGCUCUAAUGGAGAAAUCUUUGGGAAAAAAGAAAGGAGAGCUAAUGUUUCUGCAAUUGUGAAAACAUUGGAUAAAGUAUAUAAUCUUGACUGGUUUAGUAGUGCUGCGAAGAACGAGUGCAAUGCUGCUGUUGGGUUCAAAUGGAUGCUUAAUCAGGGCGUGUUGGAACAUCACAAAGGUAUAGUGGAAUACUUCAAUGAGAAAGGAGUUCAUGCAAUAUUUCUAUUCAGAAGGAAUUUGCUCAGGAGAAUGGUAUCUGUGAUUGCAAAUUCCUAUGACAAAAGUAAUAAACCACUCAAUGGAACCCACAAAUCCCAUGUUCACUCAGCAGCAGAGGCCAAGGUACUUGCAAAGUACAAGCCAAAAAUAAAUACGACCACAUUAAUAGCUGACCUGAAGCAUGUAGACGACAGAGCUGCGAGGGCAAUAGGAUACUUCAAGAGCACUCGCCAUAUUGUGGUUUACUAUGAAGAUGUCGUAGGUAACAGCACGAAACUAAAAGAAGUUCAGGAGUUUAUGAGGUUGCCUUAUAGAGAGCUAACCAGCCGUCAAGUUAAGAUACAUAGCGGCAACUUGUUGGAUCAAAUUCAGAACUCGGGUGAGGUCCAGCAAGUACUCAAAGGAACAUCUUAUGAGAGUUUUCUUCAAUCAGACUAUCAAAUGUAGUAUUUCAGCAGUACAUAGAAAAUUUAUUUAAACAAGUUUUUCCA